AUGGAACCGACGCGUCUCCUUUCUAGAACUUUGUAUCAUCUUCGCCCAACAGUCACUUGUCGAUAUCCCUUCAAAUACCAGCUCUUUCCCUUCCCCGCUUUCCCCGCAUCGCGCGCAAUGUCGACCUCCAUCCAAGCGAAACUGGACACUCUCCGCAACUAUUCUGCCUGUGAUGUAUCCGACGCCCUCCUCAAACUCCAGAAACCCACCCCGGGUUCUGCCCCGCGGGCAGGCCAUCUAGCUGACUUCACUCCCUUCUCCCCCACAAUUGGCCGCAACACCACAACACCCAAAAUCAUCGCCCCAGCCUCAACCAUAAAAUUCAUCCCCAAAUCCUCAAGCCCACCAGAAUCCACCCCCGAACCCAACACCUUCCCAGCAGGGAAGCAUUGGGUCGACUGCACGGAGCCCGGCACAAUCGUAAUAAUCGAACAGCCAGCCGGGCAGCACUGCGCCGUCGUCGGUGGGAUCAUGGCCGUGCGCAUGAAGAGUCUCGGCAUCGAGGGUGUCGUUGUGAAUGGGCGAAUUCGCGACCUCUCUGAGAUCCAUGCGGCCAGUUUGCCGGUUUGGGCAAAGGGGACGUCUACGGUGGGUACUGGGGCGGAGGCGAAGGCUGGUCUGAGGAAUGUGAAGAUUGAUGUUGGGGGCGUGGACGUUGAGCCGGGUGAUAUCAUCUUCUGUGACCCGUUAGAAGGCGUUGUUGCUAUUCCGCGUGAUCUGCUCGACCAGGUCCUUGAGACUAUGCCGAAGCUUAUUGCUAUGGAUGACAAGGUGAAGGAGGCCGUUGAGCAGGGAUCCAGCGUUCAGGAUGCUUUCAAGAAAUUCCGUGGUUAA